UUAUAAUUAGUUUAAAGGACCUAUGGAUGCUAAUGGUCAAAAUCCUGCCAGGACCCCUAGCAGCAUGCGCUUCUCUGAGCACCAGAGAGCCCAAGAAGAAGACAGAGUGAUAAAGCUGAUGAAACAGAACGGGAACACUAUUUGAAACAAUAUCAUUUCAAUCCUCUUACUCUGAGUUGCCAUCAAUUUUACUUCAGUUAGCAACUGCGGCCCUGACAUUGUGGGCCUACUCAAGCUUGCCAUCUGGAUAAAAGUCGGGGUAGCCGCAUACUUUAUCGCAGUAAACGCGCUUAUCAAGAACUCAAGAAUUCGAGUACAGACUGCCAACUUCAUGAUCGGAGGGAUCUGGCUGAUAAUGCUGUACUGGCAUUGGAUUGUAUUCAGAAACUUCUUUUCAUCACAGAAUGAUUGUAGGAAGAAGUCUACCUUAAUAUGGAUCUCCCAUGUCUCACUCCUAGCUGAUGCAAUCGUCAAUUUUGGCAUCUGCUGCUGAAUCUCGUGAGGUGUUUGUAUAUUCUGAGUAGCUUUCUGUGUUGCUAAAAGAAGAGAUGUUCAAAGAGAACAAGCAAACCUUAAAAUCAAAGACCUCCUUCUGAAUGCAGCCCAGUUUAAAAGAAAUCCAAGCGAAUAUGAGGUUGGAGAUACUUGACCAAUUUGUAUCCUUGAGUUUGCAGAAGAUGAUAACAUUAUUUGUUUGCCAUGAAACAAUGGCCAUGUGUUCCAUUCUGACUGUAUCGGAGAAUGGGUCAAGAGGAAGAAUUGCUGUCCAAUCUGUAAAGCAGAAAUUACUCCUGAUGCUAUUGCCGGAGCUGCAAUGGAGGACUUCCCCAUUAUGGCUCCUGAUCUUGAGGCACAGCCACAAGAUCAAGAAAUAGAGAAUUCUCAUGGAAGAAGGCCUUCUUAA